AUGGAGCAACAAGAACAACCACAACCACAUCAACAAGAGACACUAACGUUGAUCAAGACCAUGUCGACAACACAGCAGUCAUCCCCCAGUCGCCGUCUUGCUUCUGCUCGAUUGGAAGAAACAUGGCUGUUCUUUGCCAGUGCCGUUGGCUGUACGAUUGGUUGGACGGCCGUCUUGUCGAAUUUGGUCUACUAUACCGACACGCUGGGAGUCAAUUCGUACUUGUACUUGAAUUUGGCCAUUUACGCGCCGCUGUUUCCCAUUACUGUGGCGCAAACACUGUGGGAUGCCGAAUUCGAUCGACAGUAUUCCAGUUUGAAAACAUUCCAAGUCCGCGGCAGUAUUGGAUUUGCACUCAUGCUGGUGAGUGUCAUGGGCAUGGCCAAAGCGUCGUCAUCCCUCACGUGGGCGACAUUGUUGGCGUUGUGUUUGGGCACGGCGUCGGGGAUUCUGCACGGGGCAUUGAAACAAAUGGCAAGCUUUGUCUAUCCGGGAUGUGGACGACUCGCGGCAGCCGUCACGGCGGGAUUACAGGCAUCGGCAGUGGCCGUCUUGAUGGUGUCGCUUGUAUUUCAACGACAACAGAAUGAUAAUGACAACAACAAUUCCUCUUCUUCUUGGCUCUACUACUUUUAUGGAACCAUCUCGGUGCUAGUGGCGCUGUGUUGGUUGAGUUUUCAAAGACUCAUGACACAUAGUAGAGAUGUAUACAGGAGUAUGCUACGAAGAGAUUCCUCCAUUCAAUUGUCGGCACUCGGACAAGACUCGGAGGAUGAAUUGGAUCAGGACAGUACCAUCGAACACAACAACAACAACCAUACAACUACAAUAGACAAUGAACAACGUCAGACCCUCCUGUCUGCUGAUUGCAGUCCCAGUUCCAGUUUUGAUCUUAACGACAACAAUCAUGACGAUGAUGACAAUGAUGAAGAACAAGUCUGUUUGGAGGAACCACUGUUGCUCUUUGAGUCGCCUCUACUACGUAUGCCGUCCACAAGAGAAUUGCUGUGGCAUUCCUGGCCACUCUGUUUGGCCGUCUUUUUGACCGUCGCUAGCUCCAUGGCCGUGGCGUCCUGGUUCAAUCGCGUGCCCAGCGAUCGCGAAAGUUUGCCACAGGUACUCUUUUACACACGACUCUUUGCCGAUUUGCUCUCUCGACCUGCCACUUUGUGGUUGCCACAAUUGCAAUCAAGUAACAAGAUACUCUGGUACCUCAUGGCAUUGGUAUUCCUACGACUCUUGUUUGUACCCUACUUUUUCAUCUAUACUACCAACACCACCAACCUUCUUCCACGAUCCGAUGUUACCAUGACACUCGGCGUCUUUGGGUUUGCCUUUUCUUCGGGAUUCAUUACCACUUUGGUAUACCAAUUGGCACCACGAUACUGUCCUACUACAAGUACUACAAGAACGACUGCCCAACUUCGUAGUGCUAGUGCUGCGGAUCAGGAGGAGGAGGAAGAGCAUCCCAGCGAUAAUGUCGUCUUGAAACAAACCAAUCUGUUAAACGUUUGUUUCAGUGCAUCGGUACUGCUGGGAUUGCUAGGGAGUUUGAGUCUCUCGGGGAUUGCGGCCAUGGACGGCGACAGCCAAACUAUCGCGGUAUAG